AUGGCCGGAUUGAAGGUCGCUGUGAUUGUAGACCAAGCGCGACACGGGUUUUGGCUCGCGGCCGAUAGCCAUGCCCGCCCCGACCUGCUGAUAGACAACAGCGAUCCGAGCCGGGCAGUUCAAAUACUAUCGGCGACAAUAGGUGAUAAGCUUCAUUUUGGUAUCGAUACCAGUGGAAAAGAUAGCGCUUCGUUCCUUCUGAAGGCUCUGCAGAGAAGUGGCCACUCGCAUCAAUCACCGUCACCCCCACCGACCCCGCCAUCACGAACUAAAAGACGGGCGCAUUUGAUCGGCCUCGCCGGUUUACCAAAGGGUGAACACUCUAAAGACUUGCAACUGCACUCUGUCCCUUUGAAGCUGUUCCACGAGGUGCCUGAAGUCGGCAAGGCUCUGAGUGAGUGGAUGGAGAGGCUGCUGCACAGUGGUCAAUUGCGAGCGCCAAGGAUCUUGGGAAACCACUUUGGUCUUGCUGAUGUGAACAACGCGCUUGACCGUAUGAGAAAUGGAGAGAUUCGUGGUGGGAAGCUUGUUGUCACUGUGUAG